UUAUGUAUCUGUUGAGAUAAUGUUAUAUGUAAAGAAUCAAUAAUUAGUUUAAUACACAAUCAAGCUGCAAAAAAAAACAGAAAUGGAUGUAAACAAUGAAAAGUCAUUAAUAAGUAAAGAAACUUUAUAUGCAGGCGACACAUAUAUACCAUUAAAGUCAGGAACUCGAGUAAAAUUUCAUUUUCAAACAAGAAAACUCAAUGAUGGCAAAUUAUUGGACGAUAGCAAGAAAAUGGCUAUGCCCAUGGAAUUGGUUCUAGGCAAAAAGUUCAAGCUUGAAGUCUGGGAAGCUAUAGUCCAAAAAAUGGCCUUACAUGAAAUUGCUAAAUUUAAAGUAGACAAAUCGCUAGUAGCGCAAUAUCCUUUUAUAUCAAAAACACUGCGUGAAGUGGGAAAAAAACCUGAGGAACGACGACAUUGUUGUGGUAUGACUAUGCAAAAUGAAGGCACUGGUCACAAAGAUUUAGAUGUUUUAUUCAUGCAACCAAGUGAUUUAGAAUUUACCAUUCAGCUUAUAUCGAUUGAAUUGCCAGAACAAUAUGAAAAAGAACGUUGGCAAAUGUCUGAUGCAGAGAAAAUAAAAGCAGCAAAUACUUUACAUGAGAAAGGAAACUCACUGUAUAAAGCCAAACAGCUUGAGCAAUCCGAAGAAUGCUAUAGACAUGCAAUUGGACUCAUUGAACAAAUAAUGCUAAAAGAAAAACCACGUGAUACUGAAUGGUUGGAAUUAGCUGCAAUUAAAGCACCCUUAUUGCUUAACUACGCUCAGUGUCGUUUAAUGGCUAAAGAUUAUUAUGCAGUCAUACAGCAUUGUAAUGAAGUGCUUGACUUAGAGCCAGAUAACGUGAAGGCACUAUUUCGUCGUGCCAAAGCACAUGUUGGCGCUUGGAAUCCAAACGAAGCACGUCAAGAUUAUAUACGUGCUGGAGAAUUGGAUAAAAGUUUACAAACUGCAGUAGUCAAAGAAUUGAAAGCUAUUGAGGAAGCUUUGCGUUUGCGCGAUCUUCAAGAUAAGAUAAAACUUCAAAAACUUUUUUAGAGUUUAAGCAUAUUAAAUUUAUUAGUUAUAUUUAUUAUUUAUUACACAAAAGAUUACUGACAUUUUUCACCAUUUGUUUCAAGUAACAUAAAUCAUAUUUUUUUUUUUUAAUAAAAUUAAUAUUGUUGUUUGUUUAGGAUUUUUUUUUUUAAUAUAAUUAAUCAAUCGCUAGACAAAUUUUUUUAAACUUUUAUACGGGCAAUGUAUGAAAUCCAGGUAAAUGUACUAACACAUAAUGAAAAUAAAUUGUUAUAUGUUACUCAUAUAAUACGC